GUGCUCCUCCGGGUAACAAUUUUUCUUCUUUUACGGUUUCUUCCUCCUCCAGACUUCUCUAUAAUUUACGCUGCUAUAAGGAGAUGAGAAGCGAGAGAAACGUUGCGUUGAACCUUCUUGAUUCAAAUUACGAGGUCUAUGGUGGUUGCUCAGCUGUUUUCGAGAGAAAGCAGAUCUGACGCGAUUUCCGUCUCUUCUUAAUUGAAUUUUGUUCGGUAAAACUCUAGACCGUCCAACUUUUAGCGUGUUUUUGUGUGUUUGGCAGGUUCUAAAAUACAUUGUGUAUAGAUGGACGUGUAUUUGCUCGUACACACGCGCACAUAUACGCGUGCACGCGUAGAGUGAACAAGAAAGAGAAAAGAGAGAGAGAGAUCGCAUCGUAAACAGACAAGGGGGCGACCACACAGGGACAAGGGGCUCGUGCUGGCUUGGCUUUGCCACGAGCAACGACACGAGCAAGCAGCAGCAGCUAGUUGUGUUACUUGUGUUAAACCAGUGCGCGUCGCGAGGGUCGCGAGUUCCGUGACUCGAACGUAGAUAAAGCGCUCGUAUCACGUCUAAACUCAAACAGAUGUGGAGUGACUGUCCAAAAAUUUCUGACAUAUCGCAGCGAGCGCAACUCUCGCUUACACACAAUUUUAUAACAUUUUCUAGAGACACAAUCAAACUUGAUACAAGUGAAGAUUGAAACGACGAAGAGUUUAUUGGGGGAGUUUUUAUUUUUCCUUCGUUUGUUGUUUGUUGUUUGUGAGAGGUUUCGAAACUGGGUGCGAAAAGUUCAGGAUUAUCAUCGCCAUGAGCGAAUUGAGCCAAGAGGAAAUGAGAAGGCGGAGAUUAGCCCGUUUAGCGGGUUUGGAGCCAGGCACACCGACGAAUUCAAACGGCGCUGCUGGAAUGGCGCCGGCUUCGCUGAACACGCCAGGCCCUUCCAAACCUACGCCAUUGCAGCAACAAGUUGGAUCUUCGACAUCUGCGACUAUAGAACACAUAGCACAACCUGAAGUAGCUAUGGAUGUGGAAGAAAACAGUGACAAACAGUGCAAUACUUUUGGAGUGGAUGUAGAUUCUGGAAUUGAAAAUAUGGAAGUCGAAGAAACUGAUAGAAAAGAUCCUGCUCCAAGAUCGAGAACAACGAGUUCCAGUACUGAAAUUACAGUCGAGCAAAUUCACACGGUGAUAUCGCGGGUGCUCUGUGUUGCAUGGAAAGAACCGAAUGAGGGUGGAAUAUUUUUGUCACAAACAUCGAGUACGGUGGAAGCUCACAAAAUUGAUGAUUAUAUGGAUAUUGCGAGUCAAGCAUUGAUGGAAGUAAUGUACAUGUUUGCACGUGGUGAAGAUCCUAUGAGAGAAAUUGUUGUUAGUACACCCUCCGAUCGAGAGGACAGUCCAAAUAGUCAAGCGAGUCCAUUGUUGAGUCCUGUCGCGACUUUGCCAUCGUAUCCGGUAUCUACACUACCACUACCAUCAGGCAGUAAGCUUUCACAGCCAAAGAGUUUCCUCUACUUGUUGGAUUGUUACACAAGAGUUGCCGUUGAAGAGAGAAAUCAUCCUAAGCGUUCGAGCGUCCCACCGCUAUCGGACGUAUUGGCUGGUCUUCGAGCCCAAUGCGUUCAAUACGCAAGCCUCGUUCUACAAGGACUUGUCGGACUGUGCCAAACAUCAAUAUCGACAAAUUUCUCGACGCCGCUUCUCUAUCCCGUUUUAACGCAAACUUUACCGCGUGGUUUUUUGCACGAGCUGGUCGCUCGAACUCACUCAAAUCCGCAUGUCUUCAACAAAAUAUUUACGCCGCUCCUACAGGGCCUCUAUCUCUCGAUGCAGCAGGCAAGUUUGGUCGGUAAUACUCACAGACGACCGAUCGAGGCUCUCGAGGAACUCAUUGAAAUUCGAUGCGGGACGAGCGGGAAUAUCCGUCCGAUUUGUCGUUUGAUAACGCAUCAAAUACAAUUUUUGCCAGACGUAAUGACAACGGCAGUCGGACGUGAGCUUGCGAGAACAUCGUUUCUCGGUCCAUUUCUUUCGGUAUCAGUCUUUGCCGAAGACUCUCCAAAAGUUGCUGAAAAAUUCUUCAGCGGAAAUCCAUCGAGCGAUAAAUCGAUAAAUCUGACGUUGCAACAAGAAUUGGAAAGCACCAGAACAUCGCUGCACAAAAUGUUACACGCGAUACUGGCUAACAGUGCAUGUCGGGAAGCAACCCUCGCAUAUUUAGCUGCGCUGUUGCGGCACAAUGAAAAACGCGCUCAGAUACAAACCGAAGAGUUUGCACUCGCCGGUGACGGUUUCAUGCUCAAUCUUUUAUCGGUAUUACAGAUGCUUUCUGUGAAAAUAAAACUGGACAUGGUUGAUCCGCUAUAUCCGUUUUAUCCGUCGAGCUUUGUGGAAAUAAAGAACGAUACUCGAUUGAAAUUGACCUCUCAGGAAGUUACUGAGUGGCUCGUAGAUUUAGAAAAAACACACAAGUGGACUGAGGCCAAAUUCCCGACUCAAUGCUGGUUCUUAACUUUGCACUGUCAUCACGUCGCUCUUUUACCCGCUUUGCAAAAGUACCAGAGAAAAUUACGAGCCCUUAGAGAUUUGCAGAAAAUGCUUGACGAGCUGCAAGCCACCGAGCCACAGUGGAAGGACGCACCAUUUGCCGGGCACAACAAAGAAAUGAUCAAGCGCUGGAAGCAACAAUUAAAACGUCUUGGCAAAUCGAAAUCUUGCGCAGACGCCGGCCUCAUUGACCCUGUCCUGCUUCGAAGAUCUCUACAUUUUUAUACUUCGGUAGCCGAGGUAUUGCUCGGUUUACUCACACAAACUCUUCCCGGUGUGCCAUUGCCGGCGCUACCAUUACCGCAAGAAAUACCCCACAAAUUUACCGCUCUUCCUGAGUGGUACGUCGAAGACAUCGCUGAGUUCCUCCUAUUCACACUUCAAUUUAGUCCAGGUGUUGUGGCGAACAAUAUGGACAACUCUCUCAUCACCUGGCUUCUCGUUGUCAUAUGCACCCCGCAUUGCAUAAGAAAUCCGUAUCUCAUUGCCAAGAUAAUCGAAGUUCUUUUCGUUAUAAAUCCCAGCGUUCAGGGACGAACUGAAACGCUACACGAUCAAGUGAUGUCACAUCCAAUAUCAAAAACUUAUCUGGCUUCCUAUCUCAUGAAGUUCUACACGGAUGUAGAAACGACGGGAUCAAGCUCCGAAUUCUACGACAAAUUUUCCAUUCGAUACCACAUUAGCCUGAUUUUAAAAUCAAUGUGGGACAGUCCAAUACAUCGUGCGUCGAUAGUUAACGAGAGCAAUAACGGGAAACAGUUCGUUAAGUUUAUAAACAUGUUGAUGAACGAUACGACUUUUUUGCUUGACGAGAGCCUCGAGUCGUUGAAACGCAUACACGAGGUGCAAGAACUAAUGUCGGAACUGAGCCAGUGGAUGGAGCUUUCUCAAGAGCAACGACAAUCGCGCUCGAGACAAUUGACCGCGGACGAACGACAGGCCAGGUCGUAUUUAACACUGGCCAAAGAAACUGUGUCGAUGUUUCACUAUUUAACGGUCGAUAUCACCGAGCCAUUCUUAAGACCCGAACUCGUCGGCCGUUUGAGCGCUAUGCUCAACUUUAAUUUACAACAAUUGUGCGGUCCGAAGUGCAAAAAUUUGAAAGUUCGCAAACCUCAGAAGUAUGGCUGGGAACCGAGAACAUUGCUUAGUCAAUUGGUUGAUAUUUAUUUACAUCUUGACUGUGAUAGUUUUGCUGCUGCACUAGCCAGUGACGAACGUUCGUUCGGCAAGGAAUUGUUCACCGAUGCGGCUAACAGACUUGGUCGAUCAGCGAUAAAAACGACCACGGAAAUUGAAAGAUUCAUGGCGCUUGCAGAAAAAGCAGCAGUCAUUGCGAGAGACAACCGGGCACGAGAUGAGGAUUACGGCGAUGCACCCGAAGAAUUCCGAGAUCCUUUAAUGGAUACGCUCAUGGAAGAUCCCGUCAAAUUACCGUCCGGCAUUAUUAUGGAUAAAGCCGUUAUUAUUAGACAUUUACUCAACAGCUCGACGGAUCCGUUCAGUCGGCAACCACUUAGCGAAGAUAUGCUCACGCCAGAGCCGGAUUUGAAAGAACGAAUAUCAGUAUGGAAGCAACAAAAGAAAAAAUCUGGAAGCAUAUAAGUGGUGCUAUUAAGUUGAAUCUUACCGACAACAAAUCUAACAAACGAAUAAUAAUUGCGAAAAAGAAAAAAAAGAGCCGAAAGAAAAAGUUGCAUCAUUCUUUUAAGAACUGCUCAUUGGACCGUGUACUUCGCUCUUUUGAUGAUUUUCAUUAUUCUCUCGUCCGAGAAUGUUCAUUGAAAACCAGCCGAUAAAUACAGACCCAAAUCUACUUGCACACGGUAAUGGAGUGCAAUGAUUUCUCGAAUGUGCGACUCUUGUCCUCAAUAAAUUUACAAUUUUUAUACAAAUACGGAAAGAAGACGAAAAAACCACCUAAAUGGAAAAAUAUGCUAAAAACCAGACUGCAGCUAUGGAACUGCCAAUUAUUAAUCGAAAUGAGCGAAUAUGUUAACAAAACAAUAUGUAUAUAAAUAAUAGUCCGAUCAACGUCUCUGUCGGCAUAUGAAAUUUCAAUACGUUACUUCUAAAAUCAUACUUUUGUCGCAAAAAAUGAUUCACUCGCGUAUUCAUACCUCAUUGAAACAAUCACAAUUCAUUUGAACGGAGCGGUGGACGAUAAAUGGAUAUGAGAUUUCAGUUAUUUGAUCGUUAUGAUAUGAGAAGCUUAGUUUUUUCCAUUAAAUGGAAAUCGAUAAACGAAACAAGAGUAAUCAUAGCUGUUUUGUGAUCGACACGAUUUUUUUAGUUACUCGAUACAUCCGAGACAAACGAUUGGUGGAGUCGCUGAUUCUUUGUUUCUUUUUAGCAUGAAAAUGAGAUCCGAGAUCUACUUUUUUGUGUCUUCGUCAAUGUCGGCACGAAUUCAUGAAAGUUUCUUAUCGUAAUUUGGAAUUCUGGAUACAAGCUCAAUCGAUUUUCCGUUCACGAUUAUACGUUCGAUUCAUUACAAAUUUAACUCCGGAAGUAACGCAGGUCAAUUUUGUAGGUUCAAACAUCACGUAAUCGUAAUUUCGUGUCCUGAUCCCUUAAUAACGUAUAAAAGUACACGUGACUUCGUCGUUGCGAAAAAUGAUAAAAAUACUUGCAAGAGCGUUUUAGGCGUACAAAAACACAUGUAAAUAUUAAAAGGAAAAUUAUCUUUGGUGCGAGCAAGAAUAAAAAUGAUAAAAUUAAAGCAAUUCCGAAAUCUUCAAGUUUCACUAUUGGAUUAGCUUUCGCCUAAUUUUUCGUAUAUCCCAAACUUUCAGAAUGCCAAUCUCGGUGCUGUUGCUUUUUUUUAAAAGAGCAAUACCGAUAUCGCAUAUUGUAUCUCGCGCAUUGAUAUUUAACCAUCGAAAGUGAGGACUGGACGGCGAGAGGGAAAAAAAAGCGGAUAGAGAAGGUUAUUCCUGUGUACACAACGAAAGAGUUUCUGAUUCUCCAAUAUCGUUGACCCUUUUGAUAGCCAAAAUUCGAUGAAGAUUGUAAAUAUAUUCAAAUGUUAUAAUAUCUACAGAUGAAUGGUGAAGCCUAUUUCUAAGAGUAUUUUCUUUGUCAAACUAUUGUCACGCCAAAGUUCUGCACGUCAAAAUUUUAACCAUCUUAUGAAAUCGCUUCUAUUUUAUGUUCAACUUUCUUUGCUAAAUUAAAGAAUAUCUCGCUUAUUUUUAAACAACUGAUUGAAAUUGCGAAAAUAUUUUGAAAAUAUGACAUCUGAAUGGUAGAAAAUUAAAAACAAAAUGACAAAUUUUUUGCCAGAUAAUUUAGAAUAUCGGGCGAUUCCGAAGUUGUUGAGAAUAAGAUAUUUGGUGGAAACGAAAAUCAAAUUCUGUGAGCAUUGUUCAUAGUAGGAACAUUAACAGUUACCAAAUUGUUAAUAAAUUAACAAUUUUGUUUACUUUGCAUGAAACAAUUCCAUGUGUGAUUCCAACGUCUUGUGUGUUGAUAUCGGAGAACAUAUUUCAAAUAGUUCUAGACAAUGACUCCUAAAGUAAGAGCUGUCAAAAGAAUCAACAUUUGAAUACUUAUUAUUUGAAAAAAAUAAUGUGAAAUGCAUUAUCUGGAAUUAUUACAUGCCGUUGAAUAAUAUAUUAGUGUUACAAAAAACAGCGUUGAACGAUGGCUAUUUGGAACACGCAGAGGGACAAAAGUGGAGGUUUACUUUCAUUUUGUCUCUCCGAUAAAUAUAACUGAAAAGAGUUUGUACAAGCAAGAUUUAAAUGAAUCUCUUGUCAUCAAUAUCGCUAGCAAACAAUAACGAAUUUAUGGAGAAAAAGGUCUUUGAUCGAUUAGACCUUUCAUCGGAGGAGUUCUCAUCGUUCUUGAUAUAAUUGAAGCGACACAUGUAUGUCCGAAAUUCCGAGCGAAAUAAAAUAAAUUCGACAUUCGCCAUUCCAAUUUUUACACAUUGUGAUAAAAGCCAAUGGACCGUCGGCAAGAGAUAUGGAAUAUCUGUCAGGCGAGAGAUUGUUUCACAUCACAAAUAAUGAUAAUUAUUAUACAGUUAACGAUAACAAUGAUGUUCCAUCAAUGGAGAUUCGAAAUGACAAAUUUUGCAAAAUUCAUUUGUGAUCUUUCAAUUUUAUUUAGCAAUGUCUCAAUAAUAAUAAUAGUUGUAAUAACAAUUAACAUUAAUGACGGUAGUGAUAAGUACCACUAAUACACAUCUCUAGUGCUCUAAGCUGACGAUAGUGUUCUGAUGCAAAAGGAAGAACAAAAUUAUUUUCUUUGGUUUGAGUAAAAAAAAAAACACCAAAAGCUUGCUCCAAUUUUUCGUAUGAUACAAUUGAUCGGAAGUAUUAAAAAAUUUCUCGUUUCCCAAAAUCGCAGAACGCAUCGAACAGAACUCCGUGGUAACAUCAGUAAUAUGUAAAUAAUAUUAUUGGAAAUUUCGACGUCAAAAAUGAUAGGCAAUUUAUAAAUCCGAAUGAGAUACAAGGGUCAUAUAUUAAGCCUCAUGUAGAUUCGCGAAUUUUCGUAUUUGAAUAUAAAUAAUACCGUCACAACGAUGAUGAUAUGCUCAUCGAGCGAGGAAUAAAAAAAAUAAGCUAUAAAAAAAACACGAUUGUGUAAGAGCGAGCCUGAAAUCGAAAUUUCCAUACCAAAUGUACAUAGCUUACUGAAGAAAAAUGGUGAAGCUGCUUUUUUUUCUUGUAUUUUUCUUUUUCACAAAACAACAAGAACAACAACAAUAACAUGUCGGAAUCAUUUGUGAAUGUCUUUUACACAAUAUAUUAUUCUAUCUACUGCUGUAACACAAAACUGUGAACUAAAUAAUCGUGAUAACCGUUCGCGUGUAAUGAGGCUGUAUCAGAUCUCAUCUGUACAUAUUAGAAAUUCUAGUAUAAGUACGCAAGGAAGAUACCGAAAUUACCUGAGCAAAUGAAAAAAAAAAACUUAAUUCGAAAUCCUGAGAGAAGAAAAGAAAAAAUCGAUAGUACAUAUUAUAUUGAACAGAAAAAAAAUGGAAUCAUUGGUAUGGAAAUAAUAAGAAUAAACGUUUAAGAAAGAAUUAUUCACAAAAAACUAAUAUUAGAUGUAGGUUAAGAAUAUAAUAUUUAAAAAAAGAAACUUGUAGUGGGACAUGUCAUUUUCAUUUUGAAACAAAAUAAAUAAGAGAAAAUUGUA